AUGAAGUUCACACUCUCUGCAGCCGCCGUCCUGGCCCUUGCUACUGGCGCUCUGUCUGCGGCAGUAGAAACGCGCCAAAGCGCGUCGUGUGGUGUUUACAAAUCAGCAACCUCACUGCCUAACGAUUCCGACUGGGGCGGGUUUGCCCUGUGCUGUGAUUACUUGGGACCUAGCGGAGGCGACGUUGCGGGACAUUGCUGUGACCGAAACGGCGUCAACACUGGUAGCGGGGCACCGGCUUGCGAGUAA